CAUUAAUUAUAGUAAGUUCCUACAAGGAGAGAAAAAAUUUAGCCAUAUACAGUCAAAAUCUCUUCUUUUAGGGCCAUUCUUUUUCCCUUAACAAUAAUUAAAGAAUGUGUUUAUGAAUCAACAAGUUUUCAUUUCCACAUCAUGCAACAAUUCCUUCAACAACUUGUUUGAUCAAUUAAUUAGUAAUCCUCAUUCCGAUCUUCAUCAAUCCUACUUGCUUAGGAUUGAGGCAUUAGUUAUUGUUGCUUUCAACCCGUCUUACAAAAAAUCUUGAAAAAUGGGGAGUCAAAUCUCUAAGGUAAAUGCCAAGAGCAACAGGAUCCCCCCAAACUUCCUUCGUCGACGAUUACAUGACAUGAGGAAACGAAGGCGUUUUAGUAGGCCAACAAAACAAACUACACCUUCAAAGAAAGAAUUGCUUUCGUAUGUUAUAGAAGAAGAUGAGAAUUUAGAAGGAAGCCUAGGAAAAAGGGAGCAUGCACCUAAGGAUCAUAUGAAAAGAUUAGAAGCACAUGAUGAUCAAGAAAGGGUGGCAAAAUUGAUAGAAGCAAUUGUUCAAGAAGAUGGAGGGGAUCAUGGAGAUGUUGAAGAUGAAGAUGAUAAUAAAGAUGAUCAAAGGAUGAUAAAGCCUCAUGCUGAGGAGGGACCUGGUUCACCAAGUUUUAGAGUAUAUUUCACAAAUAACAAUGUUGAAGACAAAAAGAUUAAUGAAGUAAUUAUUGGUAACAAGGAUGUCAUUAAGAAAACAACACUAACAACCCUUAUUGCUGCUACCAUACCAUCAAUAGAGGUGGUUCCUGUGGGCAACAAGGUGAAGAAAGACACGAAGAGGAAGAGUUUUAGAUGUGCACUGUCAAGGAAUUUGUUGAAUGUUCGAUCAUGUUGCUCUGCAGCUCACUCCAGACCCAACCACACCCAUCUUCUACCUGGAAAAGCACCUGCUUGAUCAGGCACAACAUUUGCUUCAUUGUCUUUUUGGAAAAUUAAACCCAUCACCCUUUGUUUGCUAUGUCUAUUGGAUGUAAACCAUAGUUUAGCAAAUUAAAUAGUAGGUCCACUGUAAUGAAAAACUAAGACAUUAAUAUUAUGAAAUUGUAGAGACUUAAGAGAUUGUAUAUACCUCUUAA